UGCAUACACGCACAAAAUCCUCUUUCGUCACUCCUCUCCUAGGUUUCUUCUUCUCUCUCUAACUUUCUUCUCUGCUAUCUCUCUCUCUCUCUCCUGCAAUGGCUGUUCCGAAAUGCGAAUUUCUCAAUUAGGGCUCAUGUGGGGAAAUACAAUUGAUCGCUGCUGAAAACCGCGUUAAGAUGGUUUUGUCGCGCAUGAAGGGUCCGCUGGAUCGAACGAAGGUGGUGCUGCGGCACUUGCCGCCCACGAUUUCUCAGUCAAACCUCGUCGACCAUAUUGAUUCUCGCUUCUCCGGCCGCUACCAUUGGUUUUCUUUUCGCCCCGGAAAAUCUGGCCCAAAGCAUCUAAAAUAUGCUAGAGCUUACAUUGACUUUAACAAGCCGGAUGAUGUGAUUGAGUUUGCUGAGGUUUUUAAGGGGCAUGUAUUUGUCAAUGAGAAAGGAACACAGUUUAGAACAGUUGUUGAGUAUGCUCCUUCACAACGUGUUCCGAAGCAGUGGUCCAAGAAGGAUGGCCGUGAAGGGACUAUAUUGAAAGAUCCUGAAUACUUGGAGUUCCUUGAAUUUCUUGCAAAGCCCGUGGAGAAUCUUCCCAGUGCAGAGAUACAGUUGGAGAGGAAGGAAGCAGAACGAGCUGGUGCUCCGAAGGAUGGUCCUAUAGUCACCCCGUUAAUGGACUUUGUUCGUCAGAAAAGAGCUGCAAAGGGUGGAGCUCGGAGGACUGUGUUGAAUGGGAAAUCAUCUAGAAGAGCUGGUGGAAUGCCAUCUAGAAAUCCAGUCUCUGGUUCUUCAAAACGAGGCUCAGAGAAGCGGACAUCUACUACCAUGUAUGUAUUAAGGGACAGUUCCAAGAUUCAGGGAAACAAAGAUAAAUCAACUUAUUCAUUGGCCCGCAAACAAGAUGUUCAACAACUGAAUGAUAAGCCUAUCAAUUCAGGAUCUAUAACAGGAAAUGAAUUAUUAGAAGGGGAAAAUGGAGGUACAGGAUCCACUGGUUCUGGGAAGAAGAAAAUCCUACUUCUAAAAGGAAAAGAAAAGGAAAUUCCUAACGUUUCUGGUGGUUCGUUAAUGCAACAGAACACAGCCUCUCCUGACAAAGCUGCUACACCGAAACAUAAUCAGCAGCGUGAAGCUAGUGGAAAGAUAAUCAGGAGCAUUCUUCUUAGCAGGGAUACUCGUCAAAAUCAACCAUCUUUGGGACCACAAUCAGAACUGCCUAUCCAGUCUUCUAAUCAGGAAAGGGAUAAGAAACCUCCUCGACCCCCAAGUCUACAAUCACUUCAGAAGGAUACGAAUGGGGCUCCUGAGGACAAGUUAGUCUCCAAUGAUUUGCAUGUUGUACCCACCGAGAAGCAGGAGAGACGGGGAAGGAACAAGGAUAGACCUGAUCGUGGUGUUUGGACUCCACUUCGACGUUCGGAUGGAUUACAUUCAAGUGAUGAAUCAUUAUCCUUGUCUGCUUCGCAGACAUCUGAAACGGGAGAUCCUGCAGAAGGAACUCAUGUAGAAUCAAAGCAAGAUAUGCUGGUCACACGUGGUGGUGAAUUCAGACCUCUAGGAGGUGCUCGUGGUAGGCAUUUCUCAUCUGACAAUGGAAUUACUGCAGGGCCUUAUAGGCAUGGGAUUCGACGUGGGUCAGCUUAUGACGUGAAGGAAGCAGAUGGCUCUUCCGUUGUAGAGGGGAAAUCUUCAAAAAGGGGAGGUUCUUCUGCCUAUGGUUCUAAUGAGAAACAAGUGUGGGUCCAAAAGUCCAGGUCAGCUACAUAGUUUGGUUGCAUACGUUUUUGCAGUGAAAUGCUUUUGUGAAUUGCCAUUUUGAAGCAUAAAUCAGGAUGCCCGAGAGAAUAUCGCAGGGUAUGUGGAGACUGUGUUUUGCUUGGAAGACCAUAGAGGCCUUCAGUUUUGCCUGAAUGCUACAGAUGGUAUUUACUGCUUGGUUGAUUAAGAAAUUAUGAUCCUAAGUUGAAGAUGGUCAGGGAAAAGAGCAAGAAGUUGAGAAAGUGAAUAUGUCAAAGCAUAUAACACCACCAUAUUGAUCGGUGUCCCUUUGGUAGGUUUAUACUAAUUGACAAGGCUAUGCAUCUCCAGUUCUUGCCGUUGAUUUACUGGCUAUCAGGGAUGAUGAUGACUUUCAUUCGCUGAACUGUAAAUACAAAUCUGAAGUGGGUGUACUGCUACUGCUAUAUAGUAUGUGGUUUUGUCCAGCGGUCUUCUAUCCGGUUUCAGUAAAUUUACGAUUGUAGACCCUGGUUAGUACCGGUAUUUACUGUAUCCAGCUUUGUUUAAACCCAGUUGUAAGUGGUUUUAGUUGUAUGACACACCCAACUCUAAACUGUGUAUGUUGAGGAAAAAGGGUAUUAGGAAUGACUGCCAGUGCUGGACAGUGCUUUGACCUCAUUGCUUGUUGGUUUGAAUGGGAAAUAGAAUGAGCCUUUUCCCUUUAAGGGUCAAUA